AUGGUGAUUGGCGUUAGUAAUAUACUCGACUGUCUCGAGUUAAAUACGCCGUUUCAUAAACGUGAUAUAGAAGAAUUAAUUCGUAAUCAACGUCAAAAUACGAUUGACACAAAUCCAUCAAGUCAACUUCAUCAUCUUAUAAUUGAUGUUGAUACAACAUUAGAACGUCUUUAUGGUGGUUUUUAUCCAGAUUGGUUAGCUGGUGGUGAAUGGUCACAUCUUUAUUCUUAUGUAUUAUCAUUACUUAAAACAUGUCAAGAAUUAUCGCUAUGUCUUAUAUUCUGUUUCGAUGGUACGAUCUAUCGUUGUGGACAAUCUCAAUGGUAUUAUGAACAAAUUCAACAACGAAAAAAAGUUAAUCAAAUAUUUAAACAUUUAAAACAAAAUAAAUCAGGUUUACCACGUCAUCAUCUAUGGUUAUCUCCACCUUCAUUUCAAUUAUGUUUAAGAACAAUUUUACGUGAAUUAAAUUCUCCACAUUUAAUUAUGUAUCAAACAUGGGGUUAUGGACAAUGUCAACAUCAAGAACAAGUGAAAACAUAUGCUAAACAAUAUUAUCAAAGUUUAAUUGGAAUUGUAUCAUCUGAUAUUGAAUUUUUAUUUUCAACAAAAUUAGAUGAAAAUAAUAUUUUAUUAAGAUAUUUUUCCUCAAAACAUUUUAAAUUAUCAUUAAAAGGAAAAUUAACACUUGUGGAAAUUAAACUAAGCCAAUUAAAAGAUAAAUUUUCUCUUGAUAAUAAACAAUUUUCUCUUCUUCUAUCAUUAUUAGGUAAUCAUAUUUUAUCCGAUAGUGAUUUAAUACAUUUUCAUACUGAUCUACUGCAUGAUCAAGAUUUUACAACACCUUCAUCAAAACGUAUUUUAACUAAAACUAAUGGAACUGUUUCAUCUUCAGUUGACGAACCGUCUAUAUCAGAAAAUAAAACGGACAUAUGCUCUCCUGAUAAUAAUACUCUUGAUACAAGUGAAGAUCAUCAACAAACAUCACCAGUACAUUUUCCUACACAAUCACGUUCUAACGGAACUAAUUCUUCGAUUAAUUCAACAGUUGAUCAACUUAUUCCACGACUUAUUGAUUAUAUUAAAAAACAAAAUAUUGAGAAUGAUAUCGAUUUUAAUUUUAUUACUAGUCAAGUUUUUAAGCAUUUAACAGAUGAUGAAACACGUAAAGUUAAAACACAAUUAUUAAUUGAUUCAUAUGAAUAUUAUUUAAAAGCACUUAUCGAAAGUCAAUCAGUAACAGAUUCAAAUGAAACAACAGAUACUUCUACAACGUCUUUCUCUUCUAAUUUUUCUUCUAGUCAAGUACCAGUGAACAAGUCAGAUGAUAAUUUAAUGUUAGAAAAUUGUUCAGGAGUGAAUAUUGAAGUAGUACGUACUGCUUUUAAUUUACAUAAACAAGGCUUAAUGAUGCCAUGGAUCUUUCAAUGUCUUUAUAAACAUGAAAUAACUUUUCCAGUAACAAUUGAACCAGAAAUGUGCAAUACAAUUCCAAGUGUUUGUGAGUUUUAUCGUCCAAUACGAAAAUAUCUUUAUUCAAUUUUAUUCGAUAAUAAUACAAUAAUACGUGAACAAGUUUAUAAUAGUGAACAUGGAUCUUAUUUAACAGAAAUUUUAUGUGAACAAUUACCAUUAAAACCUACAAUUGAACAACUUUGGUUUGGUACAAAUCCAGAUGAAGAUCGACAAUUACGUAUGAAAACACUUCUACAAUCAUUAUAUUAUUGUGAUUUACCGAAAAUUUAUUCAAUUUCACAUGAUUAUUUUCUUUUUACUUGUAUAUUACGUUAUAUAUAUAUGGAAUUUUUUCGUUAUUCAUCUACAUCAGCUAUUUUACAUACAUAUGAAUUAAUUGCAUUUAUUUCUCAAGCUGUUUUAAUAACAGAAUUACAACCUAAACCAUUAAUGAAUUUACAAUCAACUAAUUUUUCUAAUCAAUAUGAUCAUAUACAAAUAACAAAUUAUGAAACUCGUCCAAUACAAUUGGCACAUUUAUUUAUGCGAGGUUUUGAAACAAUUAUAUUUGCUAAUGAAGUAUGUGGCGCACCAAUACAUCCAAAAUAUUGUUGUCCAUCACAUUUUUUCAAUGGAAAAUUAUUUCAUCAGAAAUAUUUACAAGCUCAAUAUUAUCAACAAAAUCAUGAUUUAAUGAUGAUCUUGUGUGAUGGAAAUGUGCAUUGCGCACAAGUUGCUUCACAAUUACUUGAUGCUGUACUCGAUCGAACACUCAGUGAUAAUUCUCAUCAUACUCCAAUGCAACAACAAUAUCAAUAUGUUGCAGUACCACAACAACAGCAGCAACAACAACAACAACGUGUGUUAAAAUAUCCAUCUCGACAAGUACAAGCACAAACACUUUUAGCAAAUUCUACACGUCCGCCUGUGCGCACUAAUAUUAAACAAUUAACGACAAAUAAUUUUAAUAAUCAACAACAAACACCUUUAACGAACUAUCGUCAACAACAACAACCACCACCACCAGUUAAACAAGCCGGUCACAUGAGAAAUGGUGGAACAAAAAAUAAUAAUAAUGCUACUCCAUUCAUUAAAAAAACUCAUCAACAAUCAACAAAAUUUAAUAUUCAUACACCAACAAAUAUGAAUUUUGUAUCACAACCACAACCACCACCACAACAACAACAUUCAUUAUCAGUUGAUCAAUGGGCUAUUCCAGUAACGCCAACAAUACCUUCAAAUCAUUUAUCGAUGCAAACACAACUUCACCAAUCUUGUGCAAUAAAUAAUAUGCAACCUAUGUCUCUUCAACAUCAGCAUUCAUUAAAUAAUAAUUUUAUCAAUCCUCUUGAUGAGCAAUUCGUUCAUCUUCAAAUUCAUCCACCAUCUGUUAUGGCAGCGCCAACACCAAUUCAAUAUUCUCAUCCAACACCAAUGAUAAAUCCCCAUAUCCCAAUAGCAACAUAUAGUCAUCCUCACCCUCAUCCAUCACCCUAUACGAUUCCUAAUGGUCCAUUAUUUUAUCAACCAUCACCAUCAUUAUCAACAGGUAAUUUUCAACAACCUAUAGUAACACCAUAUCAUCCUCAUCAAUCUCAAAUGUUACCCGGUCUUCCACCGCAUGCACCUAUUGCUCCACAACGAACAGUUAAUUUUACAACAACAAUUCCAACAAAUACUAAUACUAAUAAUUAUCAACAACAACACCAACAACAAUCACAACGUCUUUCACCAAAUUCAAUUCAAGCACAAGAAAUGAAUAUACAAGAAUUACAACAACGUAUUCUUGAACAACAAAAACAUCAACCAACACCAAUAUUAAUUCAACGGCAAAUAAAUAGAAUACCAACUAAUGAUUAUACCCCAUACGAUAUUCAUCGAUCAAUGUCAAAUAAUGGAAUUGCAAUACCAAUACAAUCAUGUCAUCAUCCGUCCAUGAUUGCCGAACAUCAACAACGACUUCAUGGUCAUUGA